GUAGAUGAUGAAUUAGAAAAACUUGAUUUUUUCCAGUCCCUAAAGUCUAAACCUGUAUAUUUACUUUUAUGUUCUUUUUGAAUUCUACCUGGCGUCCACGUGGCAAACUCUUAUAGUUCACCUAUUGACGUGGCUAUGUAUUUUAAAGCGGCUUUCCCUCCAUGAAAGGAGAAGUUGUCGGAGUUCUCUUAACAAAGAUCUCUCAGAAACAUUGGAGUCAUGGGAAAGAAGCUUGAUGCACUGCUGGGAAGAAGCUUUAAGACCACAAGGUUCAAAGCUCUUGUGAAUUUGGCCAUAUCACGGCUCGCUGUUCUUGCAAACCAGCGCCAGGUUAGAUCCUCCCAGGCUCGUUCUGAUGUAGUUCAGUUGCUCCAGCUUGGCCACCAUGAGAGGGCCCUCUUUCGUGUGGAGCAAGUUAUUAAGGACCAGAAACUGUUGGAUGCGUAUGCUAUAAUAGAGAGUUAUUGUGAGGUUGUAUUGGAAAGAAUCAAGCAACUUGAACAUGAGAGAGAAUGCCCAGAGGAACUCAAGGAAGCAAUUUCAGGUUUGAUUUUUGCAUCUUCAAGAUGUGGGGAUUUCCCAGAGCUUAUAGAGAUUCGUUCAGUUAUCACCACUCGUUUUGGGAAGGAGUUUACGGCUCGUGCUAUUGAGUUACGCAACAAUUGUUCUGUUGGUCCAAUGAUAGUACAGAAGCUGUCGGCAAGGUCAGCAAGCUUGGAGAUCAAAUUGAAGUUACUUAAACAAAUUGCUUCUGAACAUGGCAUUACUUUGAAAGAUUUGGAGGCUUACGAAGCUUCAACUGAGGAGAAAGUUAUGGUUAUGGCAGAAGAGACGAAGGAACAACCACAGCAGGAAACCAAAGAGGAGGGUGUUUUUCAGAUUUUACCUGAAGAGAUAGAGAAGGACAAUCGGUAUGCUGAUUCGAUGAGAGGAAGAAAGAAGUACAAAGAUGUGGCCGAUGCUGCUCAGGCAGCAUUCGAGUCGGCUGCAUAUGCAGCAGCUGCUGCAAGAGCUGCAGUUGAACUCUCUCAAUCUAAAUCACUUGAUCAUGAUGACCUGAGUAAUCUGAGUCCAAAACCAAGAAAAUCCACUGAAACUCUUGAAUCCAAGAACACUGAGAAAGAAAUGAACAAGGAAACACAUGGUGGAAGUUCGUCUAUAGAAGUGGAGGAGAGUGAAAAUGAAAUAGAAUUGAAGCAGCCAGUGUCUUCUUCUAGUUCAGAAGCCGGGGAUGCUAGUUUAAAGGAAAAUGAGAUUCCAAUUGAAGCAAUAAAUAUAAUCGAACUGCUGGAGAAGGAUUUGACUUUUGACGAGAGUGAUGUUGAUGCUGCGAAUGGAGAAAGCAGCAAUUCGGCUCUUGAGGAAAAGAAUUUGAGCUUCGUGUCUUGUGAGAAGAUGGAGUCGGAGUCUGCAGAGAUCACAGCAAACAAUGAGGAAUCUGAUAACAAUGAUACUGCACAAAAUACAAGCAUAGGGAAUGAGGCUGUUAUAAGGACAAUAGAUGUCCGUGGGCACUGAGGAGCUUCAACAUAUCGUAUCUUGAUUGACGUCUGUUUAAAGAUAAUAAAUUUUGUAAGUAGAAUUCGUUUAUUUUAAGAACCUUAAGCUUGAUAUAGUGUGCAAAUAUUUAAAUUGGUUUCCCUCAUGACUGAAUAUCAAUUUUUUGUCUGUUGAAAUGAUAUUGUAAAAUUCUUCUCUUUGGGAUUCAUCUAGACAUCUCAACUCUGGGGUAUAUUGGUACAAUUUUGGUAACUUGUAAUAUAUUGUACUAUGAUGUAAAAUAAUCUAUUGUACUAUGAUGUAAAAUCUCAGUUUCCUCCUCGUCUAUCCAAGGCAUGGAACACUGAUUUCCUGA